AUGCACCGUGUUGUUAUAACAGGGAUGGGUGCAAUUUCACCAUUCGGUGUUACCGUUAAUGCACUACGAAACGGUUUGAACGAGGGAAGAAGUGGCUUGAAAUACGAUGAAAUUCUCAAAUUUGUCGUCGGUGCAGUUCCUGGAGAACGGGUGGAAGAUCGGUGGAGCACUGGACAACAAAGAGAAAUGAGUAAAGCGAGCAUGUUCGUGUUAGCUGCAUCAGAAGAAGCAUUGAAACAGGCAAAAGCUGAAGAUGUCGAUCACAAUGAAACAUUAGUUAAUAUUGGAACAUGUAUGUCAGAUCUAGAACAUAUUGGAGAAACUGCACAAAAAGUGUCGGAAGGACAAUCGAGAAGGGUGUCACCAUACUUUGUUCCGCGAAUUUUGAAUAAUCUUCCAGCUGGAUAUGUUGCAAUGAAAUAUAAAAUGCGUGGAGGAGUAGAAUCAACAUCAACUGCAUGUGCCACUGGACUUCAUUGCAUUGGAAACUCAUUUCGAUCUAUUCGAUACGGAGAUUCUCGACGAGCUCUGGCAGGAGCUGUAGAAUGUGCUCUCAAUCCAAUUGCUCUAGCUGGUUUUGAUAGAAUGAGAGCAUUGGCAAGAGGUGAUCAACCAAAUAUUAGUAGACCUUUCGAUAAGAAAAGAGCUGGAUUUGUAAUGAGUGAAGGUGUUGGAUUAGUAUUUAUGGAACGACUAGAAGAUGCACAGGCACGUGGAGCACAGAUUUUAGCUGAAGUUGUUGGAUAUGGAAUAUCAUCUGAUUGUUAUCAUAUUUCUACACCUGAUCCAUCUGCAAUUGGUGCAGUUCUUUCAAUGAACAGAGCGAUAGGAAAUGCACAUUUGGAGCCGAAAGAUAUUGGAUAUGUAAAUGCUCAUGCAACAUCAACACCAAAUGGGGAUAGUGUAGAAGCAGAAGCUGUACGACAAGUAUUUCCAGAACAAAAUAUUGCAGUGAGCAGUGUCAAAGGACAUAUUGGACAUCUUCUUGGUGCAGCUGGAUCAGUUGAAGCAAUUGCAACGAUUUUUGCAAUGAAUGAUGAUGUUUUACCAGCGAAUCGAAAUUUAGAAGAAACUGAUGAAGGAAAUGGAUUGAAUCUUCUCCGCGAAAAUCAAAAAUGGUCUGAUGUUUCCGGAAAUAAAUCGCGAAUCUCAAUUUGUAAUUCAUUUGGAUUCGGUGCCACAAAUGCUAGUCUUAUUUUGAAACAGUUUUGAAAAAUGUAUAAAAAAGAAUUUAUAAU